AAGUCUGGUAAAAGUUGAAUUGCAAAUGUUUUAAAAAAUUUAAAAAAAAACACUUAUAAUAAUAACUUUCAACUAUUUGACCAUGUUUGUAACUAGAAUAGAACACACCUUUUUUCAACUACUUGAAACACCAUCAUGUACUCGUAGGUGCUAGACAGUAAAUUAUGUGUUAAUGUCCAUUAAGAUGUGUGCAGGGGGAAGUACAUUAGAGUUCUUGUUUAAUGUGUUGAAGGUGAACAUUAAGUGGCAUGUAACCUAAUUUGUGCGCAAAAUUAAUGAAAAGUUCAUGAGUUUUCAUAGGUGAUUUAAUAUACUUUUAGGGUUCGGUUAAAGCUUUUUUAAGAUCCAUAUUUUUAAUUUGUAUUUAAUAAUUAUUAUUAUUAUUUUUUUGUUGCAAUAUGGGAAACGUUACAAAUAUAGCAUUAUUGUUGCUAUCUUUGAUUUGUUUUUAACUUUCAUUUCUAGAGUUAAUUUCUUCAUUGCUCUGUUAAGUCCAUUUGGCGUUAGAUAAUCUUCAAAGAGAGCAAAUUUUCUUACCAGUUAUUUUUUAUUAAGAUAGUAUAUCUUUAGUGCGUCAGUACUUUUUUUUUUCUUUGUUUUUAUAUUAUUUUUUUUGUUGUUUUUUAAUUGUUUAGGCCAUUUUUUUAAUAGUCUGCGAUUUGAUAUAAAGUUUUAAAAAACGAAAAGUCACAUAAGAAUAAAUUAACAAUUAUAAAGCGAUAAAAAAUAUUAAAUGCAAAUGAGUCCUUAAUGUUUAAAAUUACGAUUUUGCUUUGAUAUUUAAAUGAGUUUUCAAGAUAAAUUGUUAUAGAGUGGUAUAUUACUGUUUGAAAAAAAAAAUGAGGAAUGUUUAAUAAACUCCUUGUGUCAUAUGAAUUCGAAGUAUGCAAACCAAUAAUUAAGCGAAGAACUUAAAUUUAUGGUAUUUAAUUUACAACAUGUUAUCUUUUCUGAAAUGUAAUUUAAUUUGCAGUUUAAUGUAUAUCAAACAUGUAUUAAAGACAUCAAACAAAUGUUUAAUCUGCUACCAGAGCACAUACAUCCAUACACUUAUAAAGAUUGUUUUAAAAGGUUAUAGUGUGGAUGAUUAUUGUAUGCACUGAUUUGAUCAGAAAAAUAGCUAGCCUCUUAAAUUGCUUCACAUAUUUUAACUUUUUUUUGUUUAAAUAAUAGAAUUAGAAAUCGUUUAAAUAACGACAGGCUUAUGUAACUUACGAUUGUUUUUUGGGGUUAAAAUAAGAAAUAAUAAUUAGAUUCUAAACAUCAUUAUUCAUUUCAAAACAUAUAUAUAUUAACUUAGUAAUGAGGAAAAGGAUUGACUUUACGCCUACAACAUGUUAACGUUAUGUUCAACUAAUUUGAUUUUACAAAGAUCUUUGAAAUUGCAAUUUUUAUACACUAAUUAAUCUAUUUAGACAGAAACCUUAAUGUGGAAAAUAAUAUUAACAUGCUUUGCAAGGCAAUUUUUCCUAGAGCUUCGCAGGAUUAGUCAUAUCAGACCUUUCUUAACGUUAGAUGCAUCAAAGAGGCUGAUGUCUGCAUUUGUGUUAUCACGCAUGGGCUACUGCAAUGCUCUCAUGGUUGCCGGUCCGCGCUCGCAUAGAGUACAAAAUUGCAACUUUGUGCUACCGCUGCUUACAUGACCUGGCGCCAUCUUAUCUCAAAGCACUCAUGACGCCUUAUGUACCCAACUAGAGAGCUCUGCUCAUCCGAUACUGGCAAAAUUUCGAUACCGUGUGUUCGCCUUAAGACUUAGGGAAAGCGCACUUUUGCAUUUGCCGGCCCAACAAUUAGGAAAGCCCUUCCAGUCGCUCUCAGAAACAGCCGGACACUGGAGUUCUUUAAAACCGAUUUAAAAACACAUCUAUUUCGAAAACACCUUCUGAGAUGAUGAUAUCUACCAUCUUUUUUUCAGUUAACGUAUAUUGGUUUGAGUUGCUUAUGGUUGAAACGGGAUAAAAGACUUUGACUUGGUAUGCUCGUAUGUAGUUUUAUAUUCUUGCGUCAAUUUUUUAAAUGUGGUAAAUUUUAGAUUGUUUUUAUUUCUCUUUUUAAUAUGGUUGGCUUUGUAACAUGCUUCAAGCUUUUGGGGAUGAAGCGUGUUUUUCAAAUAAACUCUAUUAUAAUUAUUAUUAUAUGAACAGCUUUUGGAUAAAUAUAAAUUUUUAUUUAUAAAAUGUUUUGGAAUCAAUCUAAUAUUUAACAAAUUCUAAUUCUAUCGACUAGUUCAGCUGAAAACAUAUUCAAAACUGUAAUAACAGUACCUUUUCAGAAAUAGAUCUAAGAGCUUUCUGUACAAAAUUUACUGUUAAUUUUAAUUAUUAACUUUGUGUUUAACAACCCAUAGUUAUAUUCUAGAAAGAAAAAGAAACAUAAUUUUAUGACGAUCAAAAACUCUGAAACGGUGAGAUCAGUAGUGACUACCUCGACUAACAAGUCAUUUCUUUCAUUCCUUGGUCCCACACCAUUUUUAAACCGUUCAAUUUAAUAGCACACACAUUUCAAACAAUCAAACCAGCAGUCAAUAAUACUUUUGAAUCUUAACGCAUGACCAAAAAAAAAUGUUUUAUCAAACAUAACGGCAACUGGGAUUUCUUGAAAAACACCCAUGGACACGCCCAUUUUGCCCCGUAUAGGUACCUUGAUAUGAGUGAUUAAUACGACGAGAUAAAUCAAUUUUUUUUUUAGAGACCCUACAUCUGAUUAAAAUUGAUUAAAAUUGAUUAAAAUAGUUCAUUUAUAUAUAUAUAUAUAUAUAUAUAUAUAUAUAUAUAUAUGUAUAUAUUUAUAUAUAAAUGAACAUAUAUAUAAAUAUAUAUAAUAUAAAUAUACAUAUAGAUGUGAGUGUGUGAGUGUGUAUCCAUAUUUAUUGAAUUUUUAAGCCAAAAUUAAAUAAGACCAUUGUACAUAGACAUAUUAUUUAUCGAAAUAUAAUCAUGUCUCCAACUUUUUUAGAGACAGUGAACUUGACGCAUGAAUAAAAUGUUUGAGGGUCCCCUAGCAAAACACUAAUCAAUACACUUUCACAAACCAGAUCAUAAUAAAAUAUUUACGCAAAUCAUAACAUUCUUCUGCUCAUUUACAAUUAUUUUAAUUAUAUUACUUGAGGACAGGAUGAAAAACAUAACAAAAGAAAAUGUGUAAGGCAAUUUUAAAUAAUUAUUAACAAGACUUUAGAAUAAUGUUGAUAUAAAGAAAACUUCCGCCAUUUCAGGCAUUGAACAAAGUAGAGUUUAAUAACACAACUCUAUUGACAACAAAUUAAAAUAACGUAAAUUAAGUUAAAUUCUAACUAUUGAAAAUACAUAAAAUUUGCUAAUACUAAGACAUAUUUUAACAAACAAGAAAAAGUAAAAAAAAUUAUCGUAGUUUACAGUGAAUUUAGGAUUGUUACUAAUAUUAAUACAUUUAAAAAAAAAAUGAUAUAUUUAGCACGAUAAAAUUUAUUUCUGUAAUGGAUUGUUACGACCUUCGUGUGGACGACAAGAUAGUACAAAUGUCCCAUUAUUUAUGAAAUGCAUAUUCUGUCGGCUCAGUUCAGACUCACGAUGUCUAAUAAAUUAACACAAACAAAACUGCUUUCUUUCAUAAGUAAUGCUCUAAUAAGUAAUCAGUCGCAUUUUGCACUAAUUCUUAAAAUACUGAUAUUGAAUUAUUUAAAUUUGCUAAAGAAUUUUCAAUAAUCGUGUAUAUUACCACAACGCACCACCAUCUUUCCAGAGAUAAAGCUAAUGAGAAGGAGAUGGAGAGAGAAAAAGAGGGAAAGAUAGUGCCAGAGACAGAAGGAGAGAGCGUGUAAGUAGCUUUAAAGCGGGUAAUAUAUUAUAUUAUUCGUGAAGAUAAUAUAACAUUUUUUUCAUAUAAAUAUUUAAAAUUAUAAUAAAUGGAAAAAUUGAAACGUUUUUCGUAAAUUGAAAAAUAAAAUUAAUGUACUUCAUUUAAAAAGAAAGAAUAAUACUAGUUAUUAUACUAGCCCUACAUAUAAAUUAAAUAUGCAUGCACUCUUAAAUAACAGUGAACUGGUUAAAAUUAUAAUAUUUAAUAAUUCAUUUUGUCUUUUAAAUAAUCGAUCUAUUAUUUAUCAUAUCUCUCUGUUGUACUGAACAUUAUUAAAAUUUAUUUCAAAUAUAAAAGUUCAGGAAAAAUACGAUCUCUCCUUCUUGUUGGUGGACCCCUUCACGGAAAAAGCACUCUUGGAGAUAAGAUUAUAAGCAAGAAGUUCUUUACUGAGCAUGGCCCAUCAGAAAAGAUUGAAAUUAAAAAAGAAAUAGGUAACGGAUUUGAAGUUACUGAGUACCAUGGACUCCUUGAGAACAUAGAUGAAAUUGACAAAAUCUUCAAUGCAGCAGAGGAUGCCGUACUAAAGCGUUUUCCUGUUGAAACCCAAGAUUAUGAGAAUUUUAAUAAAUCAAAAUUGUUAUCAAUCGAAUCCAGGCCUGAUAAUAAAGAUGAAGGAUUUAAUGCUCUAAUAUUUGUAAUUAAAUAUGGAAUAAGAUUGACUAAACAAGAAAUCCAAGUCAUGGACAUGAUAAAGUUUGUUUUUGGAAAAGAUAUCUUUAAGGAUCGUGGAAUCAUUGUGUUUACAUUCGGAGAAAACCUUACACCCGAUGAAACUAUUGAAGACUAUAUUGGAAAAUUCAAAAAUGAAUUUAAGACCCUCUUUGGCGAGAAACUAACCAGAUUCAUUAUGUACAAUCAUAAAACUACAGAAAUUAAAAGAUUAAACGAAGAAUUAGAUGAUUUAUUAAACGAUAUCAAACUUGAAAGGUAUACAAUGAAACAGUUUCGUGCAGCUGCACUUGAAAGUUAUAAUAAGCGCUUAGAAGGCAAAUAUAAGAAAUGUGAAAAAUGUACAGAUGAAUUUUUUUUUAAUGUCAGAAAGGUACUGCAAGAUAGGGACCAGACAAUCAUUGACUGGGUUAAGAUAAAAGAUGCUGUAAACACAAUAAUUAAUUUUUGUAAAAGUGAAGAUAUGAACACAGAAUUUAAAAAAUUACUAAAAAAGAUACAAAGUAAGUUUGAGAGAACAAAAAAAGAAGCUUGUGAAAAACAAUCUGAACUUCUGCCUUUGCUUAAAUCUUUACAUGAACCUGUUGAGGAGUAUUUGUCUAAGAGGUCAACCCAAUGUUUACCGUGUAAAAAAAAAUAAUUUUUUUUCUUCUUCUUAAAUUGAUUAUCCUGUAUUGAAUGUUUUUGACUGAAACUAUGCGUAAUAAUAUUUCUUGUGUUCUUCCUUAUAACAGCUAUUUUUAAAUUUGUUUAAUUUUUAACUUCUAUUUUAUUUUUUAAAAUACUUAAUUUUAAAACAAAAUGUAUUUUCAUGUUGAAAAUAAUAAUCUAAAAGCUGAAAUUCUCAUGUCAUUGUUCACUUUCAAAAAAAUGUUUUACAUUUUUAUAAAAGCAGUUGUUGUUUUUUUAUUUAAGUAUACAUUUUUUUUAAAAAUUACACUUGGUUAUGUUUAUUUUUUCACCAUGUAUUGCGAUUGUUUAUUUUUAAUAUAAUGUGGCUUUGCCUUGAAAUUACCUAACCGUUUUUUUUUUAUUUUAUAAAUUUGUAUCACAAAAAUGCUUUAUAAAGUUAUUUUAUUAUGAAUAAACUAAUUCUGAAGUAAAAGAUCACUAGUUUAAACAUUCAAUUGCAAAGUCAAUGUCAAGCGUUUUUUAUAUCAAACAAAUCUUAAGGUAAAUAAAUGUGAAUUUAGUUUAAGAUUGAAAAAUAUCUUAUACAUUUGAAAAAUUAAUAUUGAUCAAAGUUUCCAUGUGUACAAAAGAAUAAAUAAAAGUCAUAAUAGCUUUCUAAAAUUUUUAAUUAGUAUUAACAAUAAAAGGUUUAUUUGCAAUAAGCUCUCAAACAAUAGACACGAAUGCCUUAAAAAUCAAUAAUAUUGUUGUUUAUAAUUCUUUAUAUUAACUUUCAGCAUUAUUAUUAUAAUAAAUAAAUAAUUUUCUCUUUUCAUCACAAUUAAUAUUUUUUGUCAAACAAAAGUUAAAAA